AAUAAUGUGGCUUUCAAGGAAGUUCAGAAUUUCUACAGACUUGGGAGAUUCACACACUCACACACACACACACACACACACACUCUGGCUGCGUGUGUGAGGUGCCACAUCGAUAUGGAAUAUAAACCGCGGAAAAUGUGCAUCAUGCUGCUGAUCCUGCUUCAGAUGUUGCUUCUCGUUUCGUGUGCACCCCGACGCUGUGACCCGGGAUAUCGAGGACUAUGCAAGCCAACAGUGGAAGAAAAACCCAAAUGCACAGAUCUGUUGCUGUCCUACUGCGAUGACAUGUCUUAUGCUCAGACCAUGUUCCCAAACAUUCUCGGCCACAAGACCCGUGAAGACGCCGAGUCCGGGGCUGAGUACCUCCUCAUAAGUGUGGUUGAAUCUCUGCUGGGUGGACAGUGCAACCCAGACAUCCGCAUGCUGGGCUGCUCGGUGUUGGCCCCGCGCUGCGAGAAAGACAAGGUGCUGAAGCCCUGUCGCUCUACUUGUGAAGCGGUGUUUAAAAGAUGCGGCCACACUUUUGAUGGGAUAGAGAUGGCGUGGCCCUACUUCCUGGACUGUGAUCGUUUCUUCGUCAGUGACGAGGAGGGCUGUUAUGACCCACUGGAGGGCCUCAGAGCAGAGCAAGGUGAAGAGGUGUUUGACAGCAUGGAAAUUCCUCCUCCCGAAGAGUCUGCUUCCAGUAUGCAGUUCACCUAUCACUCCAACGCUCAGAUGAUUAGUGUCUUCAAGAAAAUUGAGGAACAAUGCUCCGAUAUAGCCAGAACCUACAACAUCGGCCGCAGCAUGGAGGGCAGGGAGCUGCAGGUGAUUGAGUUCUCAAACAACCCCGGACAACACGAACUGCUUGAGCCAGAGAUAAAGUACAUUGGCAACAUGCACGGAAAUGAAGUCAUGGGCCGCCAGCUGCUGAUCUACUUGGCUCAGUACCUGUGCUCAGAGUAUCUUCUGGGGAACGAGCGCAUCCAGACUCUUAUCAACACUACCCGCAUCCAUAUUCUGCCCUCCAUGAACCCUGAUGGAUACGAGGUGGCUGUUUCUGGACAACAGGACAGUAACUAUGGAGAUGACGAGGAGGGUCCCAGAUAUGAGUCUAUGAACAUUGGCCAAAACAAUGCCCAGAACAUUGACCUGAACAGGAACUUUCCUGAUUUGACAUCCAUCGUUUACAACCGACGCAGAAGCAAGGGCCACCGCACUGACCACAUCCCAAUCCCAGACUAUUACUGGUUUGGUAAGGUUGCACCAGAGACGUAUGCUGUCAUGAAAUGGAUCCGCUCCAUCCCGUUUGUGCUCUCUGCUAACUUCCACGGUGGGGACCUGGUGGUGUCCUACCCGUACGAUCUCUCCAAACACCCGCUGGGACACAACAUGUUAUCCCCAGCACCGGACGAUCAGGUUUUCAAGCUUCUUGCAAGAAUUUAUGCAACCUCCCAUGAAAGAAUGGCCAAUGAAAAUGCACAAUGUGGAUCGUCUCGUUAUCACAGUGAGAAAGGAAUUGUUAAUGGAGCACAGUGGUCCAGCUUUUCAGGAAGUAUGCAAGACUUCAACUAUCUUCACACCAACUGUUUAGAGGUGACCGUGGAGCUGGGUUGUGAUAAAUUCCCUCCUGAAGAGGAACUGUUUAUUGGCUGGCAUGAAAACCACGAGGCUUUGAUUGCAUUUUUGGAAGCAGCCCAUCGUGGUAUCAAAGGCAUUGUAAAAGAUGAGGAGGGAAAUGGAAUAAAAGGUGCACGAAUAUCAGUCCGAGGAAUACGGCAUGACAUAACCACAGUUGAAAAUGGAGAGUACUGGCGCCUUCUCACCCCUGGCAUCCACAUUUUGACCGCCUCGGCCCCGGGUUACAUCCGAACUAUGAAGAAAGUCCGCCUGCCUCCUCGCAUGAUGACAGCAGGCCGAGUGGACUUUGUAUUGGAAAAAAGCACGCUAGAGUAUGACAUGCAAGAGGAGGAUGACGCCAUCCCAUCCAUGGGCACCUAUGACCGCUUUGACCCGUACAACCAGUACGAGCGCUACACCCUGAUGGCUGAUUUGAGCCAGAACCGUGAGGAGAGAGCAGAGAAGCCCUGGUGGUGGAACUACUUUGUCCUGCCGGGGGGACCCGCUCCGACCUGGUUGCUGAAACAGUACUAGAGCUUUUAUAAGAGAAGUGAGAGUGGUUCCAUAAACCAGGCUAUCAUGUAAAUGGAUGUGCAGCUUUUUAUUGUUGCUACAUAGCAGAAAAGCGUAAAAGCUAGCUGGCUGGCCAUCACAUUUCACGCUUUUACCUUCAUGUGUUCUGUUUGGUCCCAAAUAUAUAAAAUCAUAAUCAAGGCACCUUAAAUUCACAGUGGGAGUAUAUGUCUAUUUUUAAGGUUUAGAUAAAGUCUACAAGGCUUUUUCCUUUUCAUUCAAAUGCUUCAGUUUAUGAUGAUGAAAUAUAAAGUUGUUAAACACUUCAUAUUUGUAUUUACCAAUAAUUUUACAGCCUAAAUAAAGAACAUUAAUGUAGUCACAGUGUGAUUUCUUUCAGCUACACCUCACUCAUGUUCAGUUCAAUCAUGUGUUAUAGGUAAUGAAACCAGUUGACCACUAGGGGGCAGGCUGAAUCAACUUCUCAGCUAAUUUACUGCCAACCAC